UUCGGACUGAGCACGACGGGGCGGGAGGGAAGAAAGGGGAAGAUAACGGGGGUAAUUAAAGAUAGGGCAUAUACUCCGUGAAAAGUGGGAGAAAAGACUUUUUGCAUGCUAUGUUGCCCACGGGUCUACACGUUUCUCACGCAUUCAUUUUCACCUUCGUGCUGGGUUCUGCCAGCAGUGCUCUGAUUCCAGAGCCCGAUGUGAAAAUCGACGUGCUGCAAAAGCCUUUCCUCUGUCACCGAAAGACCAAACUAGGUGACCAGUUACUGAUCCAUUACGCUGGAUUUUUUGAGAAUGGCACCAUGUUUUACUCCAGUCACAAGAGCAACAAUGGCCAGGCGGUUUGGUUUACACUUGGGAUCAAAGAAUCCCUUCUAGGCUGGGACAGAGGUUUACGUGAGAUGUGUGCAGGAGAGAAGAGGAAGCUAGUCAUUCCCCCAGCCCUUGCAUUUGGAAAAGAAGGAAGAGGAAAAAUUCCACCUGAAAGCACCUUGAUAUUUGAAGUUGAACUUCUUGAGAUCAGAAAUGGACCACGGUCACAUGACUCUUUCCAGGCAAUGGACCUCGAUGAUGACUGGAAAUUGUCCAGACAUGAAGUGAAAGAGUAUCUCCGUAGAGAAUUUGACAAAUAUAGAGUUGCACAAAAUGACACGCAACAGGACUCAAUGGUCAACGACAUCUUUAAGAAUGAAGAUGAAGACGAAGAUGGAUACAUUUCUGCUAGAGAAUUUACAUAUAAACAUGAUGAGCUAUAAGUUAAUAGUUCUGUCCCUUCUACAUAUUUGGAUAUUACAUUUGUGAUUUCAAGUGUUUGUCUUUCAUAGGAACAAAAAUAACUCGACUGUAAAAUAAGCCUGAUAAGCAAAAAACUUUUAAAAAAGAAUUGUUUUAAAAUUUAAUCUGAUACGUUCUAUAAGAGGAAUGGAUAAAUUUGGAUGGGAUGUUUACCUCCUAUUUUGGAUAUUUUAUACAAUAAUAUUGACAUUCACUCAGUAAGUGCAGGCAUUUCUGUGGGAAUUAACAUCAAUCAUAAUUACAUGACCAUCAUCUUGAUACUUUUGAGGAAUCUCAAGCCCACUACUGGUUCUUAAUAUUAAUUUUGAAAGGGGUUACUGUCCUGCUCAAUUUGCAAAGCUAAAUUGUUAUUCUUUGCACCCUACUACAUUUGUGGUAUCAAGGAGGGUGUUAGGUGACAAAAUGUUAAGCCAAUCUGCGCCUUAUCAAUGAGCCACACACUCUUUAAUUCUUUUGUCACUGAAUUUUCUUUAUGUAAAAAUACUGCCAGAGUGUAUUUAAGCAUAUGCUAGGAAGACUUGUUGUCGCAGUACAAAAUGUGACAACUAUCCUAUUAUUGAUUUUUGCCUUUUACCACCCCUACCUGCCAUAACAACAAACUUCAAUUAGAUGCCAUUAAUUGGAAUAACCUUGUCUUUCUUAUUUAUGAAUGUUAUUUAUUAUUGCUCAUGUUAAACUGUAGCCAAGAUAAUUACAGAUGGAGCAAGAUCAUUCUGCUAACUUAAUUCAUCCACCUGCAGAUCCUCCAUUUCACCAAGCAUCACAUUCCAAUUUCUUCUUGGGUACCAGAGUUUUUGGCGCAACUAUUCUGCCUGACAUCUGUUCCACAUGUUCACUUUAUGUAAAUGACUUGUCAGUUUCCUAAACUCAUUAGGUUGAAUCCUUGUCUGACAUUGUCAAUUUAAUGUAAUAUUUAUUUUUAAAUGUUUCCUUUCCAUGCUGAAGACCUUAAGUUUCUCUUGUCUUUCCUCAUAACUUCAGACCUUUAGCAUCAGCCUUCUAACCAUUUUCUGCUCUGCCUUAAGCACUUGAAUGUCUUUGAUUUGUUUCACCAACUUGAUCAUAUGCCAUGCUGAAAAUGUGGCCUGACCAGAGUACUACAUUGUUUGGCUAUAUUUCUUUCUGACUUGUAAUUUCUGUAUAGUUCCAUGUUUUACUGGCCUUGUUGAAUUAUGCUCUGUGUUUGUAUCUGUUGCAUGUCAAGUCUAUAAGCCUUCCCCCUUGGCUAUUUUAAAAAUUCACAAAUUAUGGUAUAGAUUUCUACUGCUAAAGACAAAAACUCUACUUUGAUUUUCUGAAUAAUUAGAAAAACAUGUAACAUUAAAUUGUACCCACAGACCUUUAGAAUUGUCAUUCUGAUAUGCUCAAUAUAGGAAAGUAAAAGUAGAAAACAUUUUCCCUUUUCAAAAUUAAUAGACGUGAUUAGUUAUGUUGCAAGUGUGGUUUUAAAUUCUGUCUGAAUUGAACACUUUUAAAAGUAGGCACUGUUUACACUGUGUAUUACUUGAACUUGCCUGGAAAUGGAGAACAAAGUGGAAUUCAGUACUGGAUCAGCGACAUAUCUGCAUCAAGGGAAUAGGGCCAACACACAGAUUUUACAUGAAGUGUUCUUCUCAUCUUGGCACUUGAGGGAUUGCUGAUAAUCUGCUCAAUGAAAGCUCAACUCACACUUGUCAAUGAGUAAUAAUUAACUGGUGAAUGUUCUCCUUGUGAAGGAGGAGCUCUCAAAUAAAGUUGACUCCAAGUGAUAGAAUCAA